AUGGCGUCCGCUCCCGAGUACCUGCGGUUCACAGGACACAGGUCCUUUGCGCAGCGACUAAUCAUAUCAACUCUGACUGGUCGGCCAGUUCACAUCUCUAAGAUUCGCAGCUCGUCGCCGACACACCCCGGUCUUGCGCCCCACGAGAUUUCAUUCCUCCGACUACUGGAAGCCGUCACCAAUGGUAGCUCUAUGCAAAUUUCGUAUACCGGUACGACCAUCACGUACCACCCCGGUCUGAUCACUGGAACGAUGGCUGGCUUUGGCGCAUCCGACGGCGACGUGAUCGAGCACAACCUCCCCGCAAACAACAACCGCGGCGUCACCUACUUCCUCCUCCCAAUCUGCCUCCUCGCGCCAUUCUCGAAGGCGCACGUAAACAUUCGAUUCACUGGCCCGGGUGUCAUCACAUCUGCGACUGAGACCGGCGAUAUCUCUGUCGACUCCUUCCGCACAGCCAUCCUCCCACUCUUUGGGCUCUUCGGUAUCCCGCCUGCGCGAAUUGAGCUGAGAGUGCUGUCGCGAUCCUGCCCUGGAAAGAAUGGUAGAGGUGGCGGUGGUGUCGUUGAGCUCCGGUUCGCAAGCCAGGUCCGACUCCCGAAAACGUUGCACCUGAACCGCAAUCCCGGCAAGAUAAGGAGGAUACGAGGAGUCGCAUACUGUACGGGAGUCUCAGCGUCCAACAACAGCAGAAUGAUUCACUCAGCAAGAGAGGUCCUGAAUGCUCUCGUUUCAGACAUUCAUAUCGCAGCGCAGUACGAUACAGCACCUCUUAUCACGGCGGCCGACAAGUCAAAGACACGAACGGGCAUUGGCUUCGGUCUCAGUUUGGUGGCUGAGUCGAGCUCUGUAGGUGUUCUCUACUCGGCAGAUGUAGUAGCGCCACCUGUGGGCGGCGUAGUGCCUGAAGAUAUUGGCAAAAAUUGUGCCUAUCAACUGCUGGAAACCAUUGCGCAAGGUGGAUGUGUCAGCAAAGCAUCGGCCAGCACCGUCAUGACGUUGAUGGCUAUGGGAUCUGAAGAUGUAGGAAGAUUGAGGAUAGGAAGAGAUGUCAUCGGAACAGAAGAGAUGGUUGGGCUCGCCAGGGACUUGCGGACAUUCGGCGCGAGUAGUUGGGGUUUAAGGGAUGUUGAAGACGACGAGUCGAACGAUAUACUUGUUUCGGUCAAGGGAAGCGGUGUUGGUAAUGUUGGUCGCAAAAUUGCUUAA